AUGAAUUUAGAUAAUAUUUUCAAUCAAAGUGCAAACAUAGGAAAAAAAGCAAAUUAAAAUGCAUCUAAUUUCAAAGAGUCUGAUUAUAUAGGUGAUAAAAAUUAAAUAAAAGAGUCUUUAGGAAUAAAAUCGAGAAAGAAAUAUUGA